AGCCAAGAAGUGAAUGUUAUGAGUACAGCCUCCACAGACAAGAAGAAAGGAGGAUUCCUGGCGAGGAAAGCCAAAAAAGCAGAAUCAGAGAAGGUUCUGGAUCAGGCUGAAUAUGAGAAGAAACUGCGAGCUAAAGAUUCGGUUACUGUGGACGACAUCUUAAAGUUAGGCCGGAUCACAGAUGACUACCUGUGCCCUAUCACUGCUAACGCCUACAAGAUAGACUUCACCAAGUUCAAGAUCCGUGACAUGGAGUCGGGAGGGGUCUUGUUCGAGAUCGCUAAACCCGAGGGAGCGAGUGAGAUGUCACUUUCUUCUGAUCCUAACGCCGGCAGAUACGUCAGAUACGAGUUUCCUCCCGAGUUUUUAAAGUUGAAACAGAUUGGUGCAACGGUGGAGUUCACUAUUGGAGACAAACCUGUAAACAGCUUCAGAAUGGUGGAGAGGCAUUACUUCAAAGAUCAAGUGAUAAAAAGCUUUGACUUCGACUUCGGUUUCUGUAUGCCGAGUAGCUUAAAUACCUGCGAACAUAUUUACGACUUACCUGCCCUAUCUCAAGAGCUCAUGAGAGAAAUGGUACAGAAUCCCUUCCAGACAAAAUCAGACAGUUUUUACUUCGUGGACGGCAAGUUGAUAAUGCACAACAAAGCUGAUUACGCUUACAAUGCCGGGAUGUAGCGACCCUGUAUUUACUACACUUCCCUGAAGCUAACUGCUGAUUGGACAACCCCAACUUCUCACCCUUUUAUAAUGCGACUUGAAGAAUUUUGUCCCGAAGAUGUCAGGCACAGUAAUGUUAUUUUAUAGAUAACUGUCCCUCCCCCGCCAUUUUGGGCAACCAAAUUUCCAUUUUAUGUGAACUGUAAGGAGAAAUAAUAUCAGUGUUAUUCAUUAUUGUUCCAAUGAGACAACCGAAAUAUAUUCAGAAUCUUUUACAGUUUGCAGUGUCCACUUUCCUAUUUUUCGAUAUUGUGAUGCUUUUGGUAUGUAUUAUACUAUUAUUUAACUUUUGUACAGUUUAAGUUUCAGAGUAAA